AUGUCAGAAGUAAGUACAACAUAUGAUGUUCAAGUAAUUCAUUUCCCAAAAUCAGAAAUGAUUGGAGUCACGGGUAUUGGAGAAUAUGAGGUGACAAUGAAAAAGAAUUGUGGAGUGUUGUUCAAGUUUUUUGGUGAACGUAACAUUAAACCUGGUCAAUUUGCUGCCUUCUUCUUUGACAAUCCUAUCGAAGUACCAGAAGAAAAGUUAAAAUCGGUGGCCGCAGUAAAGGUUACAUCCGAACAGCUGGCAUCCCUAUCACUCUCUGGUGACGAACCGGUAGAGCCAAUCGUAUGGGAAGAGGGUGACUAUGCAGUUGUCGUAUACACUGGUCCAUACAGUGGUCUCAUUCCACUCUAUGAUUAUAUUUUCGGUGUUUUUCUACCAAAGAUCUUUGGUAGAAAAACAGAACUCCAAGCAAAUAUCCAGUGA